GAUAACCGCUUGGUGCAGUUAUUUUGGAUAUCCAUAAAUAAAAUUUAGUAAGAACUAACUAGGAUAAAUUACAUUGUUGCUAUGUAAAGUAGGAGUCACAAAAUUACGAAAAAGGUUUGGUUGUUGAUUAAAUGUUAAAGUGGCUUGCCAAAAGGAUGCUUGCGGUUUUCUGGUCUGCAGACUUUGCCAGCUGCGUCCUGAUGCUCACCCUGAACUGGCGCACAUCCACGGGGCUGCCGCUGCCCAGUCCGAGCACAAACGAGGAUGUUUUCUGCACAUCGCUCUUCAAGACCCUACUGACAAGCAUCACGGAUCUUCUCAAAACUGAGGAGUUGUGUCACAGUUUGAUCACCUCCAACGAAGUCACUGUUCCAAGUGUGAAGACAGUCCAGUCCUGCACGCCCACCAUGACUCGGAACUCCAGCUGCAUGAUGCCCAGUGAUCUCUCCUUCAGUGAGAGUGACUGUCGGAGGAACAUAAUGAAGGACUUGGCCUACUACGGCGCUGCUAUCCACUCCUACCUCCAGUCUCCGCUCCACAUGCCUGAGAAAGAGGCUCCACCUUUGAACUCAAUCCUGAGAGUCAUCCAGACGCUGAGGACGAGCUGCUCCUCUACAGCGAACAGAGGGACGGAUUCCUCUGAGGUGGAAGCUUCCGGUUUGUGGCAAGGCGACUCCUUCACAAACCGACAGAAGAUGUGCAAGAUGAUGAGGGGCUUCCAUGUCCGCACCAUCACCAUCAACAGAGCCAUGGGCUACAUCUCCUCUGGAGACCACAGGAAGUAAAACACCCCGAAGCUUCAUCUACACCACCAGACAACUUCUUCGACCCUUCACUACCAUCACAACUUCUGAACGAGCUGCGAAUCGGUCUGCUAAGCUGAAGCCUUCGCUUUUAGACCAGGUCUAGCUAAAGAUGGCGGUCUGUAGGCCAUGUUGGCCAGGUGUAUGAAUGUAUUCCUAAGUUUGAAGAAAUGUUUCUUAUCUAUUUAUUUAUUUAUCCAUCUAUUUAUUUAUUUAUUCGCUGAUGUAUUUAUGUAAUGUUAUUUAUUAUGAUAAAUUAUUUGUGGCAUCAAAAGGUGAAGUUAAAUCUUUUAUUAUUAAAAUGUAACAGAAGAUCCUUUUCCCAACUGAACAAGAAAACAUCUUUACUUUAUGCGGGUCUUUCUGAAUUUUCCAAAGGAUUUUCCUCUCGUUUUAAAUUUAGCACCUGAUGUUUGGUGUUGAGCCACAAAACUGACUUUCGAGAUGAACAAGUUUCUACAAACAGCUUAAAGGUGUGGGACACCCGUUUAAAGUCCCAUCAGUUGUCACACACACAGGUGUGUGUGCGAAAUUUGUUCUCCGCAUUUGACCCAUCCCCUGGGGGAGCGGUGAGCUGCAGACACAGCCGCGCUCGGGAACCAUUUGGUGGUUUAACCCCCCAAUCCAACCCCUUAAUGCUGAGUGUCAAGCAGGGAGGCAUUGGGUCCCAAUUUUUCAAAGUCUUUAGUAUGACCCGAUCAGGUAUUGAACCCUGAUCUCCCAGUCUCAGGGCGGACACUCUACCACUAGGCCACUGAGCUGGUUUAAUCAAUACAUUUGCAUUGGUUUCCAGUAUGAAUGAAUGUCUUGGAAGGCGUACUCAGAGGGAAGAAAAGCUCAGAUGCAGGAUGCUACAUCAGAGGAGAGCUUAAAGGUUGGUUUAUGCUUGACGCGUCCACGAGGUCCGCACGGCUCCGCGAGGCAAAAUUGCGUCAUUUUAACAACCACGCCCCUCCACCGCACCUCCGCAUGGCCCAAAAUUUCCGCACCGCGCACCCAGGAAAUUUUCUAACCACGCGGACGGUCGGACGCGGAAAAACAUGGCGGACUGGCAAGAACUAGUGUGGCAGAGGUUCGUAAAUACAGACAUUUGUAUGAUUCAGCUCUCAGAGAUCACCGUAUCAACAUGUUGUUAAUAAUUCUUGGAGAGAAAUAGCUCGCACUGUCGGAAAAGACGAGGACGCUGUUAAAAAAUGCUGGAAUGCCGUGUUGUAAACAGUAAUUUCUACUUCUACUAUGGUGUAGUGUUGGAUGCAUGCCGUAGAGCUCCAUGCUGCCCCCUACAGUUUGGGAAAAUAUUGGCUCACCGCAGAGACAAGCCGCAUGAACCAUAAACGCUGCGAGUUGAGAAGCGCGUUCCAUC